ACUCUCAGCACAAAUAUAUUAGGUUUUCACCGUCCCCGUUUCCAAAGCUCUCACUAAGCGGAUUGAGGACCUUCGUGCCGCACUCGUCUGAACAGCGGAAGUGGCAAAAAUGCCUUCGCACAAGACCUUCAGGAUCAAGAAGAAGCUGGCCAAGAAGAUGAGGCAGAACAGACCUAUUCCUUACUGGAUCCGCAUGCGAACCGACAACACCAUUAGGUAUAAUGCUAAGCGUAGACACUGGCGCCGCACCAAGCUAGGGUUCUAAGUUAGAUGGGCUUCUUGGGACUCAAGCUGUCAAGACUUUAUUUUCAGUCUUCUAAGUUUAUUUUCAGAAUUAAUUUAUGUAAGGAUUUAUAUUUUGAUAACCAUUAGGGAUCUUUUUAUCAAAGUUUUUUAUGAUAUUGUUAGCAACUUUGGUUUAGUUUUAUUUUAUACUAUCUAAUCUUUGUGUUA